GAAGCAGUCACUGCCCCUGUGGCUCAGCUGUCACAACAGGAGAUGCGCUGGAGAAGUUCACUCAUGGAAGGCAGAGCCAGCCAAGAGGGUGGGCAUUAGGCCAGGUGCUGCCCAGAGGCGAAAGGAUGGAGUCAGAAGGAGCCCUCUGGGAUAGGGCUCCAGUUGCCUGCUGCCCGUCCCACCUGCCAGGGGCCCUGCGUGUCAAGUCAGCUCCAAGACCACGUGACUCUGGCAGUGUGAGUCCUGUGCUUCCAUGUCUGUCCUUCACAUUUCUGAGACUGAUGUUCUGGCACGGAAAAAUAAGACUGUGGUGUGUCUGAUCGGAAGAUUCCCGGAAUGGAGACUCGCAAAGACUGCUCCAACACUUUCAGCGGGAUGCGGGAGCUGGGAGCUGAUGGGGACCAGGAACAACAGCAUGGUGGGAAUGCAAUGGUCUUGAAGGCUGGAGAGGAAGGAGGCAAGAAAGGGCUUGAGCAGAGCAAGCCCACUCAGGGGGAGCUUGAUGAGGGCAAACUUGCUCCGGGCGAACUUGCUGAAGGCAAGCUUGCUCAAGAAGAGUCUGCUCAGUGCAGUCUCGCUCAGGAAGCCACAGAAGAGGUAGAGGAGGGAGAAAACAAAGAAGAAGAAAUGGGAGGAGGCCAUGCUGCCGCUGGUAGUUCUGGCCCCGUGGACAACGAGGUCCACGAGGAAGGUGGCCAUGGCGGCAGCGUGGAUCAACAGCAGCCUCAGCCAGAGGCGGCGAUGCCUGAGGGCACCAAUAGUCCCCAGACUGGGGAAAGGCUGCCUGUCAAGCGCCGCACCAGAUUCACCCUGUCUCAGCUGCAGGAUCUGGAGCAGCUUUUCCAAGAGAAUCGCCACCCCACCUUGCACAUGAGGAAGGAUCUUGCAAGAUGGCUGGGUGUGUCAGAAGCCGAUGUGCAGGAUUGGUUUAGGAACAGGAGAGCCCUUCACCGGAGGAAUACUAGACUGCUGGUGCUGUGCAGCACACCCCCUGCUCCCCGAGAACAACGAUGCCUGAAGAUGCUGGAGCAGCACUGA